UGCAAUUGCAUUUCGUCGUCUCAAGUACGCUUCAAGAUGUUGUUCGCGGUAGCCCUCCUCUUCCUGAGAGCUGUCGCCGCCAACCCAGUCAUACCGAGGGAGGAUGGUAGUUCUACUCCCACUCCCACUCCCACGCCGACUACAUCAAGCAGUAUACGCCCAUCCGGGCCAUCCGAUUCAUGCGCCACUUCAUCAACAAGUAGCCAGUGGUUAAGCGUAUGCAAUACCACUAUAUUCUGGCCAACAUCAACCAACUACUAUUACGGCCCAACCACCGGCCCCGAGGCAUCCGCAGUCUCCUGCAACGCCGAAUGGGUCGAAUACGACGGACGCGCCAGCGGCCUGGAAUCCCUCGGCGCCACGUCCACUUCCACCAUCUACAGCACCUAUACCACCAGCACCGGAGCUUGCAACACCCAAAUCUGGGGCGAAGGCUGGGACGACCCUCACACGGGCCCAGCCACCACACUAUGUGACGGGAUCCCCCGCGCCCUUGGUCCCCGAGAGUACUCAACCACAUACUGGCCAGGCACAGGGCCCUGCAGCUCAUUCAUAGCGACCGAAACCACUACGAGCCUCGUCUAUCGCUCUCCAUCACCAACCCCCAGUUGCUCGCUAAACACCCAAGACUGUAUCCCCAUCUGGCAAACCUACACCAGUCUCCAGGACGCCUAUUACAGCUCCGUCACAACCUUAAUCCCAGGCGACACCAACAGUCCCAUCCGCCCCGGCAGCUGCCCAUCCACAAAAAGGAACUACACCGAGCAAGACCCCUGCACAAACUGUCACUACCUCCCCGGAACCGCAACGCUCUUCUACUGGCCCGUAACCACCACCAACGGCGACCUCUGUCUGCAGAACGGAAGCACCGUCCCGGCCACCCCAACAGGCGAGGGCCCAAACACAGCCAUCGUAAAUGGAAACACCUUCGUCUCACCCAGUAUCUACGUCUCCUUCACGAGCAUCUACGCCCGUAGCAACCGACGCGCCCACCCCGGCGGUUCCUGCGGCGGCGAAUACGAGGACGUGAUUAUCUCCGUCGAUCCCACAGCUGUAUCCUCCUAUCGCAGCCACGUCAACGCCAAAUACCCCACCAUCGGGACCGCAUACCCCUUCGAGUACGAUGAGUUCCAGCCCCAUGAGGUCGGGAACUACACCAUGCCGCUGAUACCCUGGGAGAAGUACCAGGGCGCCUCGCAGUGUCCGUUCCGCGGAGGGAAUAAGUGCACCAUGAUUCGCGAUGAUUAUAUGCCCUGGAUGGGCAUUCCGGAGGGUGUGAUGACGCAAAUUGAUCCGCGAUGGACGGAAUGUGAUCGUGAAUGGUAUAUUCCGCCUGUGAGCAUGGUGCCUCUCGUUGGCAAUCUGGAGUCAUUGCCUACUGGGGUCGCGGAGGCAAGGAUUCCCACGCCUACGCCGGCGGUUCCUGAGUCGGGGGUUGUUGCGCCUACGCCGGAGCCUACUUUGGGCUAGUUUUUUUUUUUGUUGCUGUCGACGAUGUAUAUAGCGUUCCAGUAGUUAUACAUCUUCC